UAAUGACGCAACCUUAGUUGAUUGUAAGAGUGUCACUAUCAGCGAUAUCGGUAUUUGUUUCUUCAUAGCUUGCUAAACAAAUCUCACAGAAAUUUCUGGGUUUUGAGGUCAGGUAAAAAACUGAAAUUUUCAAGGUCUAAAAACUUAUUAUGUGUUUCAUAUUCACGAAUUUAUAGCAGGAAUAACAAAUACUUCGCUGUCACAUAGACAAUUUAUCAGUUUCCAGAUGCUCAUUAGAUGAAGUACUUUUCACACACACACUUUUACUUUCGAUCCAUACUGCUAUCGGAACACUUCCUUUGAAUAAAGCAUGAAUUAAUUGAAAGAUAGAUGUGUUUUAAAUUUAAUGCAAGACUCCCAGAAUCAUCCAAUAUAGUUUUUUUGAUUGUUGUAGGAUUUGAUUUUCAUCUAGCUAUCACUAAUCUAAUCCUUAGGGGAGUCUCAGAAAGAAUGGAUCAAAGGAUAUUAAAAAUUGAAGAGUAUGUCAACGAAACUUUGAAAACAGAUUUAAAAAAAACCUUAGAUGCUGGUGACUUGGUGUACAGUCAAAUUUCAGAAUACUUGGAACUAAAAAAUCUGAUUGAAAAGAUGAAGGACAUCGAUGUCAGUCGAACUAACCUAAAGACUAAAGUAAACGUUGGAAGCAAUAUUUAUGUAAAUGGAUUGAUUUAUUCUAUCGAGCCUAUUGCAGUUGAUAUUGGUUUAGGGUUUUACCUUGAGUGCAGUCAUGCUGAAGCCUUGAACAUUAUUGAUUCACGUAUCUCUAUCCUAAACGGACGUGCUGACAUGUACAAGAAAAGAGCUAAUUCUAUAAAAGCCCGGAUAAAAUUGUUCCUAGAAGGUCUCCGGAAUCUCCAAAAUAUCAACCGAGACUGCUAAACGGCAAUAUUUUUCUGUACAUAUGUAUCGUCAACUUGCUUAGAAAAAAGUAACAACUUGUACUACGAUUAUUAAUAACUUUUAUAUUUUGAAUGCUUGUUUUAUAUUUUGCUUUUACGGGUAAUUCGAAUCGAAACUACAAAUUGUAGACUCUCGAGUAGUACUUCUGUUAUGUACAUACAGACGGCUUUUUAUAUGGUUCCUAACCAGAGAACAUUGGGUUACUAAAUAAGACCAUUCUAUAUCUAUAUUUC